CCCUGAUGCGCGUGGCCUCCCGCAGGGUAGAGGAGGAGAAUAGCGCGCCUGGGGAGGGCGGGCGCGCGGGGGAGGCGUGCUCGGGAGCCGCUGUGACGGCAGAGGUGCAGCCGCCCCGCGCAGCCCCCUCCCCUCCCUCCCCUCCUGCUCCUCCUCCUCCUCCCGGCUCGGCGGCGCAGAGCAACGGCGGCAGCGGCGGCGGCAGCAGCCACCCGAUGUCCGCGCCCGACAAGCAGCAGCCGCCGCACGGCGGGGGCACAGGAGGAGGCGGUGGCGCGGGCGGCCAGGCCAUGGACCCCGCGGCGGCGGGCCCCACCAAGGCCAAGAAGACCAAUGCCGGCGUGCGGCGGCCGGAGAAGCCGCCCUACUCGUACAUCGCUCUCAUCGUCAUGGCCAUCCAGAGCUCGCCCAGCAAGCGCCUGACGCUCAGCGAGAUCUACCAGUUCCUUCAGGCGCGCUUCCCCUUCUUCCGCGGCGCCUACCAGGGCUGGAAGAACUCCGUGCGCCACAACCUGUCGCUCAACGAGUGCUUCAUCAAACUGCCCAAGGGCCUCGGGCGACCCGGCAAGGGCCACUACUGGACCAUCGACCCGGCUAGCGAGUUUAUGUUCGAGGAGGGUUCGUUCCGCCGGCGGCCGCGCGGCUUCCGAAGGAAAUGCCAGGCGCUCAAGCCUGUGUACAGCAUGGUGAACGGGCUGGGCUUCAACCACCUCCCCGACACCUACGGCUUCCAGGGCUCCGGAGGCCUCUCGUGCGCGCCCAACAGCCUGGCGCUGGAGGGCGGUUUGGGCAUGAUGAAUGGCCACUUGGCCGGCAACGUGGACGGCAUGGCUUUGCCCAGCCACUCGGUCCCACACCUGCCCUCCAACGGCGGCCACUCGUACAUGGGCGGCUGCGGUGGCUCUGCGGCCGGGGAGUACCCGCACCACGACAGCUCGGUGCCUGCUUCACCGCUGCUGCCGGCUGGCGCAGGCGGGGUCAUGGAGCCGCACGCCGUUUACUCCAGCUCCGCAGCAGCCUGGCCGCCUGCGGCCUCGGCGGCUCUCAACAGCGGAGCCUCCUACAUCAAGCAACAGCCUCUGUCCCCUUGCAACCCAGCGGCCAACCCCCUGUCUGGCAGCAUCUCCACGCACUCCCUGGACCAGCCGUACCUGCACCAAAACAGUCACAAUGGGCCAGCGGAACUGCAAGGCAUCCCUCGGUAUCACUCGCAGUCGCCCAGCAUGUGUGACAGAAAGGAGUUUGUCUUCUCUUUCAAUGCCAUGGCCUCUUCUUCUAUGCACACUACUGGUGGAGGAUCUUACUAUCACCAGCAGGUCACCUACCAAGACAUCAAGCCAUGUGUGAUGUGAGGUGAGGCCACGGGCCCUCCAGCCCAGCCUGGCCGGCCCAGGGACCAGG